CUCACCGUCCAAGGGGAACAUUAGUCUGAGAUUAAAGCGCGCGCAACACACACACACACACACACACACACACACACGAAAAGCCAAGAACCAGAGCCUAAUUCCUCCCAAGAAGUUGGGAGACUCUCUACCUGGGGAACUUUGAACACACUCUACAGGCAAUUUACAGGAGCACCAACAGUCGCAAUGAAAGUUUUAAUUGCUUCUUUCCUUCUGUUACUGCCACUAAUGCUGAUAUCCAUGGUCUCCGGCAGCCCUAAUUCAGGGGUCACCAGAGGUCACAGGGACCAACGCCAGGCUUCUGGGAGGUGGGUCCAGGAAGGUCACCAAGAGUGUGAAUGCAAAGAUUGGCUCCUGGGUGCCCCUAAAAGGAAACCCAUGUCAGCAUCUGGAUUGCCAAAGAAGCAGUGUCCCUGUGAUCAUUUCAAGGGCAACAUGAAGAAAAUCCGCCACCCAAGGCACCACAGGAAAUCAAACAGGCACUAUAGAGCCUGCCAGCAGUUUCUGAAACAAUGUCAGCUAGGAAGCUUUUCCCUGCCUUUAUAGGACCUCUAAGAGCCCACCUGCCAUUAAACAUCCUCAAUCCAGAAGCCAGGAAGUGGCCUAGAAGAUGCUCACCUCACACUCCCGCCUUUGCUCCCUGAACUCUAAAGCAUUUUCCCCAAGCUCAUUCUCCCUUCUCAUGCCUCUUAUCUUGUCAAUCUUUUCUACUGCCUUCCGCUUACCCAGACCUUAAGCAUAAGUAUCUAAAAGGAAAACAGGAAACACCAGUAUCCUAGCUGAUCCCAGCUGACCUUAAAUACAUGGAGCAUGGAGCAAAAAGAAGUCAAUACAUACUUUUAAAUGUA